GGCCUUGCCGCCCGAAUGUAUCUCACACGGCAACCAGUUUUUCCAUUUCCACGACAGUCGACGCAAGCAGUUCGUUCGGUUGUUCCGUGUUCCCUUGCGUCCGAAUAUCUCGAAAACUCCCCCCAUUUCGGGGAGCGGGAAGCAGGCAAAAUCACCCACCAAAAGCCGGUUCAUUUCGAGUUUCGAGCCCAAUGCCAAGGAUGCAGCAGAUGGACAGUAUUCCUCCAGUAGUAUCUUUGGGAUACAAAUUAAGUUGAUUCGUUGCGCUCUGUUCGGAUCGGUUCGCAUCAUCAUCGGUACUCUGGGUAAUUGAACUCCACCGUCACCGUCACCUCAGCGCCCGGUCCCGGUCCGUAUCUACUACUCUCGGUCGUCUUGCAGUGCAUUUUGUGUAUCUAGAUACCUUUGUCGGCGUAUCGGCGUAUCCGUAAACUGUUACUGCACCUCUUACUGUCGCUCUGCCCCGGUCGCUUGUCCCUUGUCGCUUGUCAAUCUAGGCACUGAUAAAAAAGCAGUAACCACGAAACAUAAACCAACAACGCGGCUACGCGACAGACAACAGACUACAGACAGCAAGUGCCCCGUAUCUCUUUGAGGCCCCCGAGUUGUCUCCGUGUGCUCGUUGAUAAAUGCAUUUCAUGCGUUCCAGCUAUGUAAAUAGCAAUUUAAUUUGAGUGUCCACAGUAAAUAUCGAAAAACCGACCCGACACACACACAGCUCCUCCGAUUCCGGGACCCAGGGACCAAGGAGCCCGUCGAAAAGGCCAUUCAGCAAUUGGACUCGACGUCUGCAGUCGUCUGGCAGCCAAAUAUUGAAUAUUUACAGAUGCUUUGAGUGGAUAUUCGAGUGCCUGGCACUUACUUGGCAGCAGCUCUCCCCGACCAGGCUCUGAGCCGAUGGAUAGUCGCCUGACUAUAUCAACGGAUUGUCAGCACAUAAUACCCUUCAAUCCGAUUCGUGAGUGUCCUCCCGCGUGAUUCGAGUGUGUGUGUGUGAUUGCGAGGCUUUAUCCCCGCUAAUUGGCCAGAGAAAGACCGAAAGAGAGACAGAGAAAGAGAGAGAGAGCGAAAAGGAGUACAAACUAUGGAUAUGGAUGUGAUGAUGAUCUCGAUGUGCAUCCUGGCGAGCACCUUGAUGGCUCCCGGCUGGGCCAGCACAACGGGCUUCCUGCGCGUGCCCCAGAGCCAGUCGAUUGUGGAGAACGAGGCCGCUGACUUUGGCUGCGAGGCCACGGAUCCCGCCAGCUAUUUGCACUACGAAUGGCUGCACAAUGGUCGCGAGAUUGCGUAUGACAAGCGGGUCUAUCGAAUCGGUUCCCAUUUGCAUAUCGAGGCCGUGCAGCGGGAGGAGGAUGUCGGCGAUUAUGUGUGCAUUGCCACCAGUUUGGCCAGCGGCGCCAGAGAGGCCUCGCCACCGGCCCAAUUGAGCGUGAUAUAUCUGGAGUCGGCCAGCGUGCAGCUGCUGGGCAGCAAUCGGAACGAGCUGCUGCUCAAGUGCCACGUGGAGGGCGCCUCCGGGGACGAGCCGCUGCAGAUCGAGUGGUACCGGGACAGCGCCAGGCUGGCCAGCUGGGGCAACGUCCAUUUGGAGGAGCAUCGCCUGCUGGUGCGUCAGCCGAGUCCCUCCGACGAUGGCCUCUACCGCUGCACUGCCUCGAACGCGGCGGGGCGGGUGAUGAGCAAGCAGGGCUACGUCUACCAGGCGAACAUCAAGUGCCUGCCCCGGCUGCUGAAGAAGAACCAGAAGCUGCCCGAGUCGUGGGGCAAGCAGACCUUCCUGUGCCGCGGCAAGCGGGGCGGAUCCGGUGGCCUGGAUCAGGCCCUCUCCCCGGCCCCCGAGGAUCUGCGCAUUGUCCAGGGACCCGCUGGCCAGCUGCUCAUCAAGGAGGGCAACUCAGCCGCUCUCAGCUGCCUCUACGAGCUGCCCGCCGAGCUGCAGAACCAGCGCAUUCAACUCCGCUGGCGAAAGGAUGGCAAGCUGCUGCGGCACGUGGAGCUGGGGGGCGCCCUCCCCAUACCAGGACACGCUCACGACUCUGGCAAGGAUGCGCUGCUGCGCGAAGACGCCCGCCUGGUGCUGCACAAGCAGAACGGCACCCUCAGCUUCGCCAGCAUCAUUGCCAGCGACGCCGGCCAGUACCAGUGCCAGCUGCAGCUCGAGGGCCAUGCGCCCCUCAACUCCUCCCCCGGCCUCCUGGAGGUCAUCGAGCAGCUGAAGUUCGUGCCGCAGCCCACAUCGAAGAAUCUGGAGCUAGACGCAGCCGUGGCCAAGGUGCACUGCAAGGCCCAGGGCACACCGUCGCCGCAGGUGCAAUGGCUGAGGGAAGGCUCGCUGAACAGCUCGCUGCCCGACCAGGUGGAGGUGGACAUCAAUGGGACGCUCAUCUUCCGGAACGUGAGGGCCGAGCAUCGGGGCAACUACACGUGCCAGGCCAGCAGCAGCCAGGGCCAGAUCAGCGCCACUGUGUCCAUCAAUGUGGUGGUCACACCCAAGUUCAGUGUGCCCCCCGUGGGACCCAUUGAGACCACCGAGCAGGGCACUGUGGUGAUGCACUGCCAGGCGAUUGGGGAUCCCAAGCCCACGAUUCAGUGGGACAAGGACCUGAAGUACCUCAGCGAGAACAACACGGACCGGGAGAGGUUCAGCUUCCUGGAGAAUGGCACCCUGGAGAUACGCAAUGUUCAGGUGGAGGACGAGGGCAGCUAUGGCUGCACCAUCGGCAACAGUGCGGGCCUGAAGCGGGAGGAUGUCCAGCUGGUGGUGCGGAGCACCGGCGAUGGCUUCGCCCCCGAGGAAACGGGCGGCGAUGGCUUCCUGGUCACGCGGGCUGUCCUCAUCACGAUGACUGUGGCGCUGGCCUACAUUGUCCUGGUGGUGGGUCUCAUGCUGUGGUGCCGGUAUCGUCGCCAGGCGCGGAAGGCCCGCCUCAACGAGCUGAGCAUCAAGGAGGCUGGCGGCGACCAGCCGGAUGCCUCCGUCACAAACGGCAAGGGCUCGGAACAGGAGCCGUGCCUGUCCAAGCAGCGCAAUGGCGCAUUGGGCAAGCCCAAGUCCAAAUCCAACGGAGACGCCCAAAAGUCUGACGACACGGCCUGCAGCCAGCAGUCGAGGAGCUCCAAGAAGUCGGUCUACGAGCAGCUCGUCCUGCCCCGGUCGGGACUCAGCGAGCUCCUGCAGAUCGGACGCGGGGAGUUCGGAGACGUGUUCGUGGGCAAGCUGAAGGCCUCCCUGGUGGCGACCAGUGCUCAGUCGGACAAGGAUGCGGACACCGAUAAGCAGCACAGCAACAGCGAGAACGGGAGUGGGGGCAGCGGCAGCGGCAGCACCACCCUCAGCACUCUCAACGAGAAGCGGCGCUCCAAGACCUCCAUGGACGACAUCGAGGAGAUCAAGGAGGAGGAGCCAGAGCAGUCGGCUCUCGAGCAACUGGUCCUGGUCAAGGCCCUGAACAAAGUGAAGGACGAGCAGGCGUGCCAGGAGUUCCGUCGCCAGCUGGAUCUGCUGCGCGGCAUCUCCCACAAGGGAGUCGUCCGCCUGUUUGGCCUCUGCCGGGAGAAGGAUCCGCACUACAUGGUCCUGGAGUACACCGACUGGGGCGACCUCAAGCAGUUCCUGCUGGCCACCGCCGGCAAGGUGAACACAGCCACGGCCACCUCCUCGCCGCCGGCCCUUACCACCAGCCAGGUGCUGGCCGUGGCCUAUCAGAUUGCCCGCGGCAUGGAUGCCAUCUACCGCUCACGCUGCACGCACAGGGAUCUGGCCACUCGCAACUGUGUCAUCUCCAGCGAGUUCGUAGUGAAGGUCUCCUAUCCGGCCUUGUGCAAGGACAAGUACAGUCGAGAGUACCACAAGCACCGGAACACGCUGCUUCCGGUGCGCUGGCUGGCGCCCGAAUGCAUCCAGGAAGACGAGUACACCACCAAGAGCGACAUCUUUGCCUACGGCGUGCUGGUGUGGGAGCUCUUCAAUCAGGCCACCAAGCUGCCCCACGAGGAGCUCACCAGCGAGCAGGUCAUCCAGCGGUCGCAGGCCGGCACCUUGGAGUGGACGGUGGCCGAGGCCACGCCCGACAGCCUCAAGGAGAUAUUGCUAUCCUGCUGGCUGGCCAAUCCCAAGGAGCGACCGUCCUUCAGUCAACUGGGAUCCGCCCUGAGCAAGGCCAUGCAAAGUGUAGCCGAGAAGUGAGGAGGCCCAGACUGAUUGAGCAAAUGCCAAAAAGUAAUUUCUAGAUUUAUGGUUUUCCCCGCCUCCCCCACCCUAAGUAUCUCCCCCACAAGUAUUUCCUUCUCCAGGCUAAACAUUAGGUUCUAAGCGCCUGUUCAACAUGCGUACUAUAUAUGGACACGUUUUAACUGUACAAACAUAUGAUAUACAUAUACCUACACCAUUACACCCUACAUAACACCCACACACACAGACACACACACACAUAUGCAUAUUAUAUUGUUCGAUUACGAGUACUUACGAUAUGAAUUAAUAACGAUGAAAGUAUUGCAUUUGCGUGGUAAAAUGUAUAUAGAAACAGCCACAAAAUAUUUGCAUUUAGACCAGUUGAAGCAUUUCUAGGAUUAGGAGAGCAUUUUUAACCAUUACAUCACCAUCAGCAUUUUACUACAGAGAAUAUACAUACGAGUACGAGUUUAUUACAAAGAAGAAAUAAUCUGAUACGAGUAUCGCGGAUUUUCCAAGGUUUUCGAAUGCCGAAAGGAAAGGAAAACUAAGCCAAAUUUUAAUUUAGUUUUAGCAUUGGAAAACGCAUCCAUUUUUUAAAUAUAGUAUAUGUAUGUAUUUAUAGCUAUAUAAGGAACACACACAUCCACACACACACUUACAGCUAGUAUUUUAAGCUUUGAUGCAUGUUUAAAAAACAUUUAAAUAAACACGAAUAAAUAAAUUUAACCGAAA